UUCAAAUUGUGAGCAGGAGUAUAUUUAGGAACCAGGACUGCAUGCACUAUGACAGUAUUUAAAAUAAUAACAACACAGACAGCCACCAGUAUUUCUUGGUCUCGUAUACAUCCACAGGAGACGUCGCUCUCACCACUCCUGGAAAAGAUUGCCCGUUCAUCCUGUUCAUAGGAGUACGCACCCGGUUACGGACAGCACAAGGGUAAUGAAGCCUCGCUGUUUAGAACCGAGGUUCAUAAUAGGAAUGGAACGGAAUCCAUGCACGUUCUGCUCGAAGCGACCUAGACAAAGAAGACAACUGUCAGUGGAAGAACAGAGAGCACGAGGUUGUGCGAUGGCAUCUGCAGGAGGAGGUGCAAUAAGGAAUAAGCGAGGACAUUCGACGUCCAAACCUUACGAGCGGAAGAAGUCCUUGUUCCGACGCCUGACUGACUCCUUUAAAGAUGUCUUCAAUCCAUCCUGGCUUCAACUGAGAACAGAAAAAAAUGAUGCAAGUCGCGCCAUUGAACAUGAUGUUGCUGCCUCUUCUGAUGAGCACGAAGAUGUAUUUGUUAGCCCUGUCCAGUCACCUUCACAGUUACCAGGACAGCCACAAUUUAGCAAAACUGUGCAAGUGAUGGGGGACUCUCUAGAAGAAAAACAAAGUACACCAGUUGCCAAGGAGUGCAUUGCUUCUGUAACAAACACAGUCUCUACUGCUGGGCUGUGGCAGAUGCCAUGCCAUGAACCUGUUCAAGAAAACACACAGACUUCAAUGGCGCCACAUUUCCAAAGGGAUUCACUAUCAGGAAUGUUCCCUUCCUCGCACCAAGAGAAAAAUUCAUCAAUUUGGCAUAUAGGAAGACCUGUUUCUGAAACAAGGAAUGUAAACAAACUUACUGCAGCUCCUAUGGCAGGCGCAACAACGCCAGUCCACAAAAAGUUGCCGACAAUGGAGUCCAAAACAACUCAACCCCAUCUUGCCACCCUGCCUUUGACACAGUCAAGGUCAGAUCCUGUGGUUUGUGAAGGAAGUUUUUUGAGGUGUAACGAGUCAUUGACUGUUUCUACUGGAGUCAGUAUAUCCACACCGUCAAGUCCAUCUGCCCUUGGUGGUGAGAGGGCAGCAAAACGACAGCGACUUUGGUGCCCAGAAAGUUCCCGAAGAGGCAGCUCUUUGCAGCCAGCUUUGAAUGAAACUCCUUCUUUCAAAGUUUCUGUAUUUUGCAGCCCAAGUUUGAAUGAUUCUGUUCAUGAGUCGCCUUUCUACGCUGGGAGAACUACGUUUGGUGGAGCCUCUGCAUACAGCAGGAGGAACCUAAACACUUCUGUUUAUCAGACAUCACUUCCAAUCAGAAAGAGUGUAAAGCCCAAGCCUUUAAACACUUCUGGAAAUGCAGUUUUAAGCUCUUCUGCAACGCAGAUUUUAAAAACAUUGGAGCGACUAUCGAGUGCUAAGAAAACUGGAAGCAACGUAGUAGAAUCAGAUUCUUUGUUGUCGUUUACGCCCUCGGCAUACAGGAAGACCCCCAGGUUACUGUCAACAAAUUUGCCUUCUCGCUCACUUGAGUUGCCUUUGCGUGGUCCCCCUACUUCUAAAAUGUCAUUACUGACAUCGGCAUGCAUUGCUAAAAAUCGCCAAGCAACAACUGUCAGCUCUAUGCUAACCAGGAGGGCAGAGCGUUCAGUAUCUACAAGUGAAGGAGAUGGUGUAGAGGAAGCAUCAGAAAGGGCAAGGCAAACUGAAACCAGUGAAGAUAUAUUUGGUGGCUUGUCAUCAGACUCUGGCAGCAGAAAAAUGAGACGUACCAAAACAUAUGAAAUGCACCAGAAAAUCCAGAAAGAUGAUGAUGUGCCAGCAGAAGUUCCAGCUUUGCGGACAGAUUUCACUUUACCUGUUGGAGCAAUGCCAUCUUUCAAUUUUGGGUCACCUUACUCCACAUCUGCUUCGUCCAAUAUUCUGUCUUCUUCAACAUCGACGUCCAUCACAGCAAAGAAGACAAAUGCUAUGAGCCCACCUCUACAAUUUACCUUUUCAUCCCCUAUUCAGAAGUCAGAACCAGGUGGAAGCCCAGCAGGAGCAACCCCAGAGUAUUCAGGACAGGUUUAUAAAACAAGCAAUAAUGUGCUAAUGCACGCUUGGUCUCUUUCAGCGAUUCCAGUUCAGCACCCUUUGAAGGUGGCACAGAGUUUACCACCAUCACUGGACAAGUCACCUGUUGGUAAGCAGCUGAACUUUCCAUCCUCAUCUGCAGGCUCAAUGCCUACUUUUGGCAACGUCAACACUGCUCCAAAGACAAAGUGUUUUUCUGUUGAUGCUGUUCCUAAAAUGGCCUCAGCUACUGGUAUGUUUGAAACUGCCGCUUCCUCUGGGUUUGGAAGUUUUAAAGCAGCUUCUCAGCUAAAGCAAGGCAGUGUUAUGGAUAUCCUAGGAGCCAGUGGGACCAGCAACAGUUCCAUGGCUUCAGCUUCAGGUUUUGGUGGCCCCAUCAAGCCAGCCUCACAGCUGUCUUCUGGCAGUGUCAUGGAUGUUCUUCGGGGUGGUAAGAGUGAAGCAUCAGCUGCUGCAUCACCUGCUUCUUCUGGUGUCAAGGCUGUUCCUAAAUCGAAACAAGAAACUGUGAUAGCAGAACAGAAGAAAGACUUGGGAUCUCAACCAGGGGAUGGUGAAGACCUGAUGGCAAAGUUCAGACCACCACCAGGAUCAUGGGAGUGUGAAACCUGCUGUAUACAGAAUGACUCCAAGGCCAUCAAGUGUGCUGCAUGUGACACUGCUAAAGCUGGCAUUAGCAAUUUAGCACCAGGAUCAAAGUCAAGUGCAUCAUCCUCUGGUCCAACAGGAAAUGCUGACAGCCUUUUUGCCAAAUUUGCACCAAGUCCUGGUACAUGGGAAUGUGAUGCCUGCAUGCUGUCAAACAAGGCUGAGGCUACUAAAUGCGUUGCCUGUGAGACCCCUAAACCUGGAACUCCAUCUGCUGCCCCAUCUUCCCAAACAGAUCUGUUUGCCAAGUUCCGCAAACCUGCAGACAGUUGGGAGUGUGAUAUUUGCUCGGUACAAAACAAAGGAAGCAGUAAUCAAUGCAUAGCAUGUGAGUCUUCUCGACUUGGCACAUCUUCACCUGGAAUCAAAUUUGGCAACACUCAACCAACAUCGAGUAGUGUAGGUGUAACAAUUGGAGUUUCUGGAGGCAUCACCUUCGAUUUUGGAACUUCAGCAGCUAGCACUUCGUCACCAUUCUUGACAGGGGGAUCCACCAAUAAAGACUCAGCUAGCACCAGCUCUGUCUUCACAGCUUUAGGCAACUCCAAUCAAGAAAGUGGCAUCAGUUUUGGUGCUGCAGGUACCUCUUCUUCCACAGCAAAAACUGGAUUUAAGUUUGGUGUAACUUCAGCCACAGCAAGCACAGCUGUUCCUUUUGGUACAGGGUUAAAGUUGAGCAGCAACACCAGUGUACCCCCAUCUGCAGACAAAGACUCUACAGCUGGCAUAAAGGUCAGCUUUACCGAUUCAUCUAACAAUGCAGGCUCAUCAACAUCCUUUGCUGGAGGGUUUUCUCCUGCUGUGCGUGCACAGGCUUCAAAUGGCACCCAGCCACCACCAAAUGUUAACUUUACCUUCUGUGUCUCAAGCACUGAGUCUUCUACAGCUCCUUCAGGAUCAUCUGCUGCCUGUUCUCUUUUAUCCCCAGCCUUCAGUGGAAGCGCAGGAGGGUCUGCACUUGAUUCUCAGACCACAUCACUGAGCAGUGCCACUGCUGCCCAGGGUUCAAUUGAAGGUGAUAAAGUUAAUUUUUCUAAUAGUGCUAAGAAGGAGGACAGUGUGCUGGCUUCACCUACCACUUCCUUUAAACCAUUGUUUGGGCAGCCUGCCAACAGUUUUGCUGUAGGUGCUGGUCAAUCUUCAGCUGCUGCAGAGUCAGUGACAUCUCAUGUUGGUUUUCAUUUUGGUGUGCCUACGAAAACAGAGGGGGCUGGUUCAUCUGGGUUUGGUGCCAAAACAGGAACACAAGCUUCUGAACAUCCUUUACCAGCAAAUAAUAGAUUUUUUGAUCAAAACAAAAGUGCAACAACCUCUGGCUUUGGGGUUCAGCAGCCUGCAGACUCAAACAAUGGCGCUGCCUCUGAAUUGGAUCAGUUUACUGCACCAUCCGCCCCAGCCAGUGAUAGUAAGGAACCUUCAGGGCUGACAUUCUCAUCGAUUCCCUCAGGGUUUGUGUUAGGUCCCAGCUCUACUUCCACAAACACCACUCCUUCAUUCUCAUUUGGAUUACCUUUACAGGUCACCAAUUCCUCAGGCCUUGCUAGUGGUGUGUCAUCUCAACAAAUGCCCAAAGUAGAUUUUUCUGGUAACAAGCCUGCAGUUAAUGGCGAGGCCUGGGGUACCUCAGAAGGGUUUAAAUUUGGGCAGCCAUCUCACAGUUCAGCAUCAGGAUUUACUUUUGGAAUACCACAGCCUAAAGGAGAGAAUCCUGUCGUGCAAUCUAAACCUGUAUUGGGAUUUGGCUUUGACGCAAAUGCUGUGUCAAAAACAGAAUCUUCUAAAAGAGGUUUGGAUAAAGAUGAGGGCCCUAUCAACAAAAAGAAAGUGCUAGAUUUUGCGACUGGGCCUAGCGGUGCUGUGGAACCUUUUAAGCAAAACAAUGCAAACCCAACAACAGCGAGCAGCACUUCAAACGUCUUCAAUUUUGGACAGUCCUCAGAAGAUAAGCCUUCAUUGUUUGGCGCAGGUUUUCAGUUCAACACUGCUGCUCGGGAUGGUAGCUUCUCAUUCAACACCAGUCAUGGAAAUGCUUCAGGUAGCACAGGUCCUGUCUUUGGUGCUGGCCUGGCAGCUGGUAGUGUAGGCUCUGGAAAUGUUGCCACAGGACAGUUCGCUUUUAAUGCUGCUAAUGCCACCUUGCAAAAUAGUGCAGGUGCUGCUUCAUCAAUUAGUGGAGAUAAAACCAAAAGCUUUUCUUUUAACCCUGUGGGUGCCCCAUCAUUGUUUAACUUUGGAGCCAAUAGCAGCACUCCAUCUGCUGCUGUUUUUCAGUUUGGGGCUGCUGAGUCAGGGACAGCGUCCACUCUGUCUUCCCCUGCAGUGUUUGUGUUUGGGCAAAACAGUCAACCUGGAAAUGGCCAGCCAUCAUUUGGGGCUGGAGGUCCACAAAGGACGAUUAAAAGAGCACAUCGGCGAACACGAAAGUAGGCGGAGAUGAUUUGUUCCAGUUUUAUGUCAAAAACUUUCACAAGUGGAUUCAGCAUCAAAGAAUAGAUGAGCCUUCAGCAUCGAAAAUUACUUUAGUAUCUACGCAGUUGCUGGCCAAAACAUGUGCUCUGAAAAGUAGAACAUCCCUGGAUAUAAAUUUUGUUGAACCUUGAAUUAACCAGGUUUUUGCAUUUUGUUUUGACUUACAAGUAAGGUAUAAUGGAGAAAGGCUCAAAUUGUUGUACUCUGCUAUGUCACUCAUUUUCCCCACUUAUCUCUUCCCACUAUAAAUCUAUGAAAUCUGCAGAAAAGAAACAUUCUCUAAAAAUUGCUGAAGUUACAGGUUAAUAAGUUGGUCAUUUGCUAUAUGUGUCAGCUGAAUACAGUGUUAUUAUUUAUCAUGUCCUCUGUGAAGUUUCACUUCGAAAAGCUACAAAUUGCUUUAUUUAAUUAUUUUAAUAGCUGGCAUUCUUAGUGCAUAGUGGCUAGAAAAUCAUGGGAGUGUUCUGCUCUAGUAUAAGAUGGGUUAAGUCAAGUUUGAACUUAUGAACCGCAUUAUGAAUUUUUUUAAGUACCUAAGUGAUCUUUUAAUUACUAUCACUGAAAGCUAUAGCAAAUGAAACAGCAUCUGGUGUUUGUUAAUGAUUCACUGGAUGCUGCCUAAUUAGAAAUUCUUCUUUAAUGAUGUCACAGCAAAGGUCUUUUUUUUUAAAAAAACCAAAGUGAAAACUGCACUCUUCAAAGGCUUCUGUCUGACAGUUUGAACAGAUCCUUUGGCAUUAAUAUUAUUAUAAAUUAAACUGGCUUAUUUCAAAAGAAUCUUGGUGUAGUCACACAAAUUCAAAUUUCAUACUGAGGGGUCAGUGGACACAACUGGCCAUUUGUUAAAUGUGGCAAGUCUGCAGCAUCAUGAAAAAAAGGUAUAACAGCCAACGUUUUUUAAUAUUGAGAAAGAAAUUUUAGGUUCCAUCCAGCCUAUUUCAUGUCCAUUCUUUCUACCUGUUUUAUACAGUCAAAAUGAUUCGAAGAUAAUGCUUAGGAGCAGGACAGUCUUGGAUGAUUCAUGCUAAGGCACAAGUGUGCAUAGUUAACAGUGAAGCAAGCCUGUUCAGAGUGAGACUGCCAACAACACAAAUAAUAUGCUCAUGCUUUUUUUUUUAAGACAAAAAGUAAAAAUAUGGCUCCAUCAGAUUGCUUUACUUUUUGUUAAAAACUUCACAUCUGCAAUGAGGUCAUUGUGGGGCAAAGCAGUAUUGUGCAUCAGUUAUGCGUGGUCAUGUCCACCUAGCAUACUGUAGACUCAGACUGCAAGCAUAUGAAAUGCUAAACCCUGCAAUAAUUUGUGGUCUGUAAACCUACCUUUUCUAGUUUGAUGUCUACUCCCAGCGAACUGAGAGAAGCUCUUUGCACUUAAGAAAACAAAGUGAUGGCACACCUGUAAAUACCACUGUUUAAACGCUUGCUGCUACAGGUCAGAAUUAACAUAAAAACUGCUAGUCUUUUGACAACCAUUUCCUCACAUUGUAACAUUUAGGGAUACGUAAUUUGCUAUUAUAUUUUAAAGGAAGGACAUUGGUCAUGUGCAUUGGCAUUUUAACCUUUGAAGUUGUACAUUUCCUUUCUCUGGAUAGACUGAAGCCUUGAUUAAUGGGACAGUCCUUACCCAGUUCUGCUAAAAGCCAAGUGAAAAAAUAUUUCUUGGGAUAGAAACAACCAUAAUUUUGAUUAACAUCUUUUAACAUCCGCUAUGUAAAUCAAGAGUUGACAUGUAUAUAAACUUUUUCAUGUAGUGAUGUGUACUUUGAAAGGGUGGUUGUUAAAGACUAUACGUGAAAAGACAAUGGUAUUAUUUAAAUAAGUACAUUGUGCGUUGUGUCCCUUCACUUCUCUUAAGACCGAAAUGAAACUGUAAUUUUAAAAUAUGUUGAAAGUGCUCAGAUUUUUUUUAGUUCCCCUUCAAAGCUUAUUUUGUUGCUUUCAGUUUCAUUGCAUGUGUAUUUGUGUGCAUGACAUUUGCUCAUGGUUGAAAAAGAACUAAUUGAAAGGGCAAGCACCAUGAUCUCUUAAUGAUCAGUAGAAAUUGUAGAAAUGUUUAUUUCCCCCCCUCACCCCCUCCUGCUUCAAACAUACUGUUACAGCACUAAUUGUUAAAAGCACAGAUGUCAAAAUGCAGUACGUAAUGCUCUAUUUUUUUAAUUGUGGGCACAGGAGAGGUAUUUUUUUAAAAAGAAAUACAUUUGUGGUUUUAACAUUAGGCUUUUUGAUUCCCACCCACCCUUUUUUUUUUAUUUCCCUUAUUCGCUGAAAGCUACUAAAUUGUUUGAAGGUAUGUACAUACACAUCUGGGAGAGGCAAAGUAAGUUGAUACUGUUUGAGUCAUUAUAAAACUGAAUGUUUUGUAAUUUGUAUACGUUUACAGUUUGUCCUGAUAGAAAUGAUGACGACUUUUUCCCCUGAGGUAGGCAACAGCUUUGCUUUUCCUACAUAAUCGCAUUCCUCAAUUACGAACAUGGCUUUUGCUCCUGUAAUACUUAUACCCAUAUUUUUUACCUCUAGACUUGUCAGGGAUGAAGUUGUGCCUCAGCUGAGGUUGUGUGAAAAUGUUGGAAAGUGUGAUAUUCAGUAUGCUGUUGCUGCACGUUGCUAAAGAUUUGGUUUUGAAGGGGUUGUAAAGAAACCUAUAGUUGUAGGCUUGUAUAUAAGGGUACUUCGCUAGUAUCAUGGCUAUAAGCCCUCAUUAUUUUUUUUUUUUUUUUUUUUUUGAAAGGGGGUUGGAUGUUGAUAUUUUACACCCGUCACAUUUGAUUGCUUGCUUAACUACAGAUGCAAACCACCAGCAUUUUUGACCAUGGUGUGUUAACAUUCCAUCUACAGGAUUAUUAUCUAAGAUGGUUCAUUCAACCAGCAGUAUCUUUUUCCAUCUAGAAUUUUCCAUUGGUAAAUUUGAUUUAAGCCUUGUCUGUAACUGAACUUUCUGUCACAAAAAAGGAAAAGCUAGCAGGUUAGUAGCCUAGACAUUGUACUAGUUGUGCCACAUCUGUCCUGAAGAAGAUGGACUAGCAAAUGCCUUCUUUGCUACGCAUUGUUAGUGCCAGUUUAGAAGCACAUGUAGCAGCAGUUGUGAGUAAAUGUAUGUGAGACAGUGUGAAAGGGAUUAUUCUGCGAUCUGCCACAAAAAUCAUAAAGACUUUUAGAUGACUGUUCAUUUUUGAUAGAACUUGUUCAGUGUCCAGAUUAAAGCUUGCCUAACGUUUAAAAGAUUUAAGUUCUUUCGCCCAACCAUCCCUUCAUGUCUCCAUUAGCCAGCGCACAGUGUCCAGGGCUUUUCGUGUAGACCUUGAUUGACUUAAGUACUGUGAUAUGUGAUUGGCUUAUGCGGUCAUAUUUGUGACAGCUAUGGCAGAAUUUCACAAGCGUAAAAUAAAAACCCUGAUGGGUGCUUGGGCUGUAUCAGCCCUGUUUUCUCCAGGCGCUGUUUGCAUAGAAAUGUUAAAGCGGAUCUGAAAUGUUUAUAGAUCCACGAAAGAUCUUAUAUAUAUAAAUAUAUAGAGAUCCGUUUUCAGUUUUUCCUAAUGUGUUUUUCUUUAGGUUUGCAAUCAUUUUGUCACUUGGCUUCCUCCUCCCAGGGCAUUUUUGCCAAACAGCCCUGGAGAAACAAUUUGAAAGCACAUUAAAAACGUUUUGGCCUGCUUUUGAAUAGGAACUACAGGAGACUUGUUAUUUCGUACGAGAAUUUGUUGUAACUGUAAUUUUAGAAUGAGAGAAAUAUACAGAUAAAGUGACUUAAAUGUUAAAAUUGAGUGAGCGGAACAGGUGCUGUGAAAUUCUGCAGCUGACUGAAUUAUUUUUUCUUUAUUGGUGAAUGAAGUUUGAUUGUGGUACAUUUGUCAUAAAUAAAUUGGUACACAAGUUAAA